AGAAAAUUGCAAGUGAAUUGUAAUGAAUUGUUCUUAGAUUUUGAAUUUUAAUUAUAAAACAAAAGAGCAUUAGCAGUACCGUAUAGUUAAGUUUAUGAAUAGUGAUAGAAAAUAUUUUUCUAGACAUAGCUAUAAGGUAAACAUUUGAGUUUUCUGUUAAACUACUUUCAUUUUAUCGUCAAAGUGUCGCACGCACAAAUUUUAUCAAAAUGACUUCUGCUCUUUAUUUGGAGCAUUAUUUGGACAGUCUACAGCACUUGCCGAUUGAACUGCAAAGAAACUUCAAGUUGAUGAGAGAUUUGGAUGACCGCGCUCACGGGUUAAUGAGAACCAUUGACCUUAUGGCCGAUGAGUUGCUUCCAAGUAUUCCAAAAAUGGAUGAAGAAACAAAAAAAGAAAAGGUGAACACUAUUCAAGGAUUAUUCAAUAAAGCUAAAGAGUAUGGAGACGAUAAAGUGCAACUUGCAAUUCAGACCUACGAAUUAGUAGACAAGCAUAUACGUAGACUUGAUUCUGACCUCGCGCGUUUUGAGUCUGAAAUACAAGAGAAAGUAAUGAGUGCUCGUGCAGCUCAACAGGCUGCUGCAGAUCAGGAAACAAAUCCGGCCACAGCUAAAAAAGGUAGGAAAAAGCAUAAAGGUACUGAGAAAGCAGCUGCUACGACUGGUAAAAAGAAGCGUGCCGGAGCCUCCAGUGAAGAAGACGCUGUCGCAUCCGGAAGGUCAGCUGCGAAGAAGAAAGUUCAGCGUAAAGGUACCACCACUACAACAAAUGUUACAAAAGAACAGGAAGAAACUGCCGAUUUGGAUUCAGUGGCCGGCAUGGCACACCCCAGUGAUGUGCUAGACAUGCCGGUGGAUCCUAAUGAACCAACAUACUGUCUGUGUCAUCAAGUUUCAUAUGGUGAAAUGAUUGGUUGUGAUAACCCAGAUUGCCCAAUUGAGUGGUUCCAUUUUGCUUGUGUUGAUCUGAAAAUUAAACCGAAGGGUAAAUGGUACUGCCCUAAGUGCACUCAGGAUAGAAAAAAGAAAUGAUCCACAGCUAAACCACCUUUGAAACCCACAGAUAAGACUGUUACUCUAAAGAAAGAGGUGAAGUGACUUCCUAUAAAAAUUAAAAUAUAAUAAUAAUAUAUAACUCCCAACCAUAUAAGGAAUUGUGAUUUUAUUAUUAUUAUAGUUAUUGUAGUCUAAUGAGUCCAUACUGUUGUGUAAGUCAUAUGACAUUAAAUAAAUCUUACUGCAUUCAUAAAGUGAUACGUCAUUAACACCUUACCAGUGACAUUUUAAUCACUUGAAACCAAAAGGUAGAUCUUUUAAAAACAAUAGAUUUGUUUUGUUAUGUGUGAUAGUAGGACUCAUGACUGUACUACUUAAAGCUGUAGUGCCAAUAAAUUAAAUAUAGAUUAUUGCAGAAUCUGAAAUAUUACAUUAAUAUUGCAUAAUAUAUUCUCAAAUUAUAAAGGCAUUAAAUACAUGUUAAAAUGCAUCAUUAAUACAUUGUUUACUGAAAACAAUUUCUAUUAUUUUAUAGAAAUGAAAACAUGACAAUAAAUUAACACCAUUUUACAAUUUAUACAGCUAUCAAGUAAUUGUUGAAAUAAUUUGUUAAACACAAAUAAACAAAUGUACAUAU